AUGCCAUUUUCCUUGUUGAACCGUUCAGGAGGGAGGAAGAGGCGGAAAGUUCCAGUCACUGUCAGAACUACAGAAUACUCAGUCCAACAGCCGGCGGGGGCAGCACAACAUGAAGAUGGGAAAGGCACAUUCAAUACGAUCCCACGAGAGCCAGACAAGCUCAUGCCAGACCUCCGACCGAGCUACAGGCCACUAGACCCACGAACGCACGAAAUACGUAUCCUGAAACUCCAUCCUGGUCAAGGCUUCGACCCUCUCAUCUGCAAAAUGGAGCACACAAGCCUAGCGUUAAAACAACAUACUCCGUACGAAACGGUGUCUUACUGUUGGGGCGACAACCCAGGAGAGACCGUGAUAGAACUGGAUCGACUGCCUGCCAAGGUCACAUUGAGCGCAGCAAACGUGAUCCGUCGAAUGCGUUAUCCAGACAAAUAUAGAUGGUUGUGGGUGGACGCCAUCUGCAUCAAUCAGAAAGACAACAGGACGAAGGAAAAGAGCAACCAGGUGGCUAUCAUGGGACUUAUCUACCGGAAGGGCUGGAGGAAUCUUGUGUGGCUUGGAGACGACAAAGGCCACGCUGAUGCGGUUAGAGGUGCUCUGAACAUUGUCCUGGAGGACGUUCGGAGACAGACCGCAGACUACUCCAAUCUCUUCCAUUUGUCGCAUACCAAGGAUGGAAGUUAUGAUCCUCUUCGGAACGGCGAGAGCUUGAGCGGCCUUUCAGAAAGAAACCUAUCUUCCUUGAUUAGGUUGUUCUCCUGCCCAUGGUUUGAGCGGUUAUGGGUUGCGCAAGAAGUAACAUCAGCGCACGAUAACCUCUGCCACUUUGGCUCUGCUACCUUCCCAUUGACCGAUAUUUUACGGGUCGCAGUCUGGUUAACGCACAACUCGCAACUUGUGCCUACCACUUUGGUAUAUAAUCAUGGAUUCCAGCAGGCUAGGAUGCUUUGGUACCUGGUAGACCAGGAAUUCGUUCCCAACGGUGUCUUCGAAGCGAUCACUGCUACGAUGAUCUCUGCAUGGCACUCUUGCCAAUGGAUGGAAGCACGCCAUGCGAAAGACAACGUAUACGCUUUGUUGGGUAUGGUCCGAAGUCGAAAACCUAGACCGCCGCACCUCCACCUGGUUCCAGACUACGAUAGGUCAGAUGCAGAAGUUUUUCGGGAUGCCACCAGAAUCAUGAUCGAAGAGUCGAAGUCUCUUGAGAUGUUCGAGGGUCGACCUGAAGUGGCCAGGGAAGCGCAUGGGCGAUUUGCCAAAAUGCCUUCUUGGGUAACUCGUUUCGAUGUAAAAUUAUUCAAUGACCCUGGCCCAAGCCGCCUUCCCUAUCAGGAGGAGACAGACCACAAUCUUUUGCUCACCGCAAGUAUAACCGCAACUGGCGAAUCCCCGAAUGUGUUGAGCUUGCGCGGCAUUCAGAUCGACCGAGUAGGACGGCGAACAUCCUGUAUGCCCAACUUGUUUGAAUCGAACAUCGGCCAAUUGAUCCACGAAGCUCUCCACGUAAUACAUCCAGACCAGAAGAAGCCAGAAACCUGGACCCGGAACUUCUCAGAGAGAUUCGCGUUGAGCCUUAUGGCUGGUCAUAACUGGCUAGGGCACCUCGCAGGAGGCAGGGACGUUGAUGAUUUCGUUAUUUUCAUGGAGUACAUGAGGAAACACGGAAGAAACCCGCCGCCCGCUGUCUAUGCUGAGAUGGGGCGUCAUGACAAGGCUACGCAACAAGCCAUGCGUUGCUUUUCUGCCAUCGCGAAGGCAUGUUCUAAACGAAAGUUUUUCGUGACCGCUGGCGGCCGCUUCGGCUUGGGACCUUCGGAUCUGGGCGAAAACGAUAUAAUUACGGCGCUUUACGGCGCUGCAUUGCCCUUCGCUUUACGAUAUGUGGCUGAGGGAAAGUACCUCUAUGUUGGCCCAUGCUAUGUGUCCGGAUUCACCGAAGAUAAUGCUCUUCGCAAACACAACGCUGCCGGGAAGCGGGAUCGUGUUUUCAACCUGAUCUGA